AUGAAGAAAAAGGAGCUGGAAAGUAUAAGAAGGAGGGAUGGUGUUGGGACAAGCUAUGAAGGAUCUAUCAAGAGAGUUUGGAAAGCAGUAUGGAAGCAGAAAGUGUGCCAAAAAAUGAAAAUAUUUAUAUGGAAAUGUCUGCAUGGAGGUCUCCCAGUGAGAGGUGAAAUUCACAGACGAACAAGGCAAGGAAAUCCUAAAUGUGCAGCGUGUGGAGAAGAGGAAGAAACAAUAGAACACCUGCUGCUCCAAUGCAACAAAGUAAAGGAAGUAUGGAAGCUAUCGCCUGUACAAUGGGAUGGAAUACAGCAUACAUCAAACUGUUUCAUCAAAUGGUGGACUGCAAUCAUGGAAGCUCAAGAAGAGAGAGGAGGGGAGGACCAAGUGAACCUCACCAUAAAUAUUCUCUGGCAGAUUUGGAAGGCCAGAAACGAGAGGAAGUUUGAAUACAAGGAAAAGGAACCUCAUAAGGUAAUACAAAAGGCAGUGAAGGGAUGGAUGGAAUUUGAUGAGGCUAACAGAGGGAAGGAGACAAGGAAGAACACCCAGGGAACAGAAAUACUGGAACGUGUUGAGCAAGAUCAAAGCCAGAGAGAGAAUCAAGCCAGGAUGAUGAUCAAGGUCCACACUCACCAAGACAGAAGGCAACAUAUGGUGGGGAUUGGAAUCACUGCUACUGACUAG